CUCGGUUGUCUGAUGUCGAUUUCACUUCAUACCUUCUCAGUAUAAGUGGAGUGGUUGUCUGGUUCCGAAGCACUCAAGAUGGCAGAGCCGACACUGGUGGCCAAGAUCGACUCCUUGGUAAUGGACCUUCUGGCCGACUGGAACACCUACACCACUCUUAUUGCGGGUGCCAUUGCAGCCUUUGUCUUGUUUUCCAUCGUCUCAUCAAAAGAUCCUGACCUUCAUCCGUACUUGCUUGCCCGACAGGCGAGUUCGUCACCCGUACGAAAUCCUGGCGAAUCUGCCAAAUAUAGAAGUCUCGAGACGCCUUACGAUUUCCCACUCCGAUCAGGGUUGAAUGUGAAGGAUCCGGAUACCCCAAAGUGGACAAGUGGUAGAAGAGGAGAUCUGCGUGAUAUUUGGAAGACUGCAGUGCGUGGAACUGUGAGCGAAGACGGCACUCGGAAGCAAGGAAAGAUCUAUACUGUGCUUGGGAGACAUGUCACCGAACGCAGCUUCGAGGAUGUUACGGAGGACAUCAAUGUGAUUGGGAAAUUCAUUGAAAAAACUGCGGCGAAAACUGUAGCUAUUUGUCUGACAGACUCGGUUGAGCUACUUGUGGCUAUAUUCGCUGGUGCCUUUUACGGCUUCAAGGUGGCUCUUAUUCCCCACAAUCUUGCCUCCGAAGUUCUGUCUGCGCAUCUACGCAAAGCGCAGGCUGAUAUUCUAAUUGCUGAAGCUGGUGCUCUUGACCUGAGCAUUAUAGCCAACGAUAGCAAGGAGCUGUCCCAUGUCAUCUGGGUUGCCAAGGAUGGAAGCAGGCACAUGGCUUGGAACCAGCUACCACCGGGUGUUAGAGCUGACUUGAAGGUUGCUGUUUGGCAUGAGCUAGUUGAAGAAAAGAGAGACCUGGGUGGACUCGAGGUUCCUAGCUGGGAUCCCAAGACUCCAUCUUCUCCAUUGUCUACCCUCCAACCGUCAUCGGGAGAUACCUCAGAGUUCAUCGACUACCAGCCAGAGAACUUGGCAUCUGCCAUAGGUGCAUUAAUCUCUUGCUUGCCUGCUGGCCAACGAUUUGGCAGUGGCGAUCUCGUUCUCUCAAUCGAUUCCCUCUCGAGACUGUAUCCACUGUGCCAGAUAUUUGCAGCACUUUAUUCAAAUGCUUCUAUCGCGCUCAAUUCCGUUACCGGGGAUACUUCCAAUUUCGCACUUGCUACGGUCGGUGUAUCUCCGACGGUUGUCAUUACUUCGUCUCGCACCGUCUCCCAGUAUCACAAGAGAUUUAUGCGUCCUAAUACUGGGAUUAUCUCUAAAUUCGCUCGUUGGAUCCAAAUACGGAGUUUGGAUGCCGGAGUUAUGUCAUCACAUAACUUGUUAAGUCAACUUGCCACUGCUGGACCUACAGCCGAGCUAUCUCUUAACAAACUCCGCUUACUAUGCAUUUCCCAUCGAGCUGGUGAUAGCUCUGAGAACUGUUUAACUUCUGAGCAGUUGACCGACCUGAGGAUCUUCACUGGUGCUCGUGUUGUAUAUGCCUUGACCGCUCCGGGUGUUGCCGGCGCUAUCUGCCAGACGAACAUUUUUGACUAUCGGCGAUUCCCAGGGCCCUGCCACUUUGGCCCUCCUCUGAGCAGCGUUGAAGUGCUCUUGACAGACGUUCCAAGGGAAGCAGAGUCUGACAGACCUGUAGAGGGCAAGAUCACUGUAAGUGGUCCUGCAGUUGUCUCCGGUAAAACGACUAUACCUAUUAGAGGACAUUUCCGUGAGGAUAACACACUCGAGUUGCUCCCCUAAGUGGAGUUCUUUUCGCUGAGGUAGUACUACCCUCCCUGUCCGGCUAACAAAAACGAGCAUCAUCUCCUGUCAUUGUCAAAUCUUAGAUUUAGAUAACCCGUCCGUAUAUCUACAACUCUGACUUCUAAAUGAAUCUGAAAGGAAAAGUUAUCUAUAUCUUUUGAUCUCGCUUCGUAUAAAGGUACUAUUUGAACAACAGUUGAGCUUGCUGGUAACCCAGCGUCGGCUUUUCUUUGACCUUCUCGGGCGCCAUCUCCAUUAGUGCCGCGAUUUGUUUCCGUACCUGCUCCAAGUUGGACUCCAAAGACGACUUAACUGACAUCUGGAGAUCGAUUCCAUUCACCUCCAACGCGAGCUUCAAUCCGUUGAAAAUAGGGAGGUUUUCUCGGAGCAGCUCAUCAGCCUGGUACCAAUCCUUAGAAUAGGUAGAGAAGUUUCCACGGUCCCAGCUCGCGGACAGCCGCCGGGCGUAGGCAAGAACGUCUCCGGUUUC